AUGGAGAGAAGCAGAGGUGGGCUUUUUGAAGGACUUUACAGAGUGCUUAUGCGUCGCAACUCUGUCUAUGUAACAUUCGUAAUCGCUGGCGCUUUACUUGGUGAACGGGCAGUAGAUUAUGGGGUUCAUAAGGUCUGGGAGAACAACAAUAUUGGGAAGCGUUAUGAGGAUAUUUCAGUUUUGGGACAGCGACCAUCUGAAUAG